AUGUCACAGGGGGAGCUCCCUCCAGUUCUAACGGCAUCUGUGCAUGACGUUCGCUAUCUAGCCGCCCUACUUCGAGGUGUGAACUUUGUCAACCGAGCCACCGUUACAGUAACGAAACGGGGCCUCACCAUCAGCGUUGAAGAAGCCCGCACCUUGCUCGGCACUGCGUUUGUGUUCGCAGAAAUCUUUGACGAAUACGUGUAUCACGCCGAUGGCGAUGGCCAACUCCCCACGUCUUCUCAAAACUCGGACGACGAAGGCGAGGCGGAUAACGCUGCGUUUGAAAUUCCGCUUAAUAUUUUGAUUGACUGCCUCAACAUAUUUGGCACUGCUGGUCCUGCUACUUCUAGUAGUAGUGGGGGUGGAACAGGGAACUACAAACGAUGGCGUCAAGUUGACGAAGAUGGCUCAGAUGACACGCGAGACGAUGGUGAUAACGGAGGAAGAGGGAGGGGAGGGGGAGGGGGAGGUAGGAGAGGUGGUGGUGGUGGUGGUGGUGGUUCGAGGGGAGCUGGGGGGACCAUUGAGACUUACCUUGGAGGUGGGACUGACAAGGCUACAAGCAUGCGUAUGUCGUACGCUGGGGCUGGGUAUCCAUUGACACUUCUCAUAGCGGAAGACGCAUCUGGUCCCACCACUACCUGCGAAAUUACGACCUUUGACCCAGAACCUCAACUCGAGUUAGAGUUUGACAAUUCAGCAAUAGUUCUAAAAAUCAUUCUCAAAUCUUCCUGGUUACGAGACGCCCUGUCAGAACUCGACCCAUCGUGCGACAAGUUGACUUUCAUCGGGAACCCUCCUGUUAAUACAGUCGUUGCACCCAACGGUGGUCAAAGACAACAACGAAAUACAACAAAGCCAAUGCUGCGAAUACAGGCUGGAGGGACGUUCGGCAGUACUGAAAUGGACUACCCCAACGACCGUGAUGUGCUAGAGACGUUUGAAUGUACGAGAAGUGUUAGUUUCAGCUAUCGAUUUGGGCAUAUAUCUCGCACUCUACGAGCUCUUCAAAGUUCAACAAAAACUUCAUUGCGGAUCGACGAGGAAGGUCUUCUCAGCCUCCAAUUUCUUAUGCCGUCACCGAAAUCGGCAGGUGGGGGACCAGAGUUCGCUGACGCCUUUAUUGAGUUCCGAUGUCUGGCUUUGGAUGACGAGUUGUAA